AUGUCAGGAGUCAUCUCCACCCUCCGCACUCAAUACCCCCUCGGACUCCUAAAGAACGUGGUCUUCACGCUCUGGCUCCUCCGCUACACCACGAAAGCUUACCGCCACCUAAUCGGUCGUGGACUCAUCGGUUCCGUGAAAGAUAUCCAUGCGGCUGUGACGCGGUGGGCGUGGGGGUUGUUGCUGAAAUUACCUUCGUCACGGAAGAAGAUCGAGGCGGAGAUAGCUGGCGCUAAAGAACAGCUCGAAAUGAAAUUGGUGAACUACCCCCAAACCCUCCGCCGCUUCGAAACACUGCCAUCAUCAGGGUUGUCCGAGAAUGAGGUCAGAGAGGAACUACAGGCGUUGUUGUCAUUCUCCAGCAAACCCUGGUCCGAGAUCCAAUCUGGCCAAGUUUCCGGCGCGGUCUACCACGGCGGCUCCGACCUUUCCACUCUUACUUCGGAAGCCUACUCCCUUUUCUCCCUCUCCAACCCCCUACACCCAGACAUCUUUCCCGCCGUUCGCAAAAUGGAAGCAGAAAUCGUCUCGAUGGUGCUUCGCCUCUUCAACGCCCCGGACGGAGCAGGUGGCGCCAUGACAUCGGGAGGUACAGAGAGUAUCUUGAUGGCUGUCAAGGGAGCACGCGAAAUGGCGAGAGUUGAGAGACGUGUACGGGAGCCGGAGAUGAUUGUUCCGAGGACUGGACAUGCGGCAUUCGAUAAGGCGGGACAUUAUUUCGGGGUGAAGGUUUGGCACGUCGAUGUCGACCCCAUCACAUAUAAAGUCAAUAUCGCGGAUGUGCGACGACUCAUCAACCCCAACACAAUCCUCCUCGUUGGCUCCGCACCGAAUUUCCCGCACGGGAUUAUCGACGAUAUCGCCGCCCUCUCCGACCUCGCGGUUCGGUACGAGAUCCCACUACACGUUGAUUGUUGUCUGGGAUCGUUUAUCGUUCCAUUCCUCGAACGCGCCGGAUUCGCCUCCGAACCCUUUGAUUUCCGGCUCCGGGGUGUGACGUCCAUCUCGUGCGACACCCACAAAUACGGCUUCGCCCCAAAAGGCACUUCAACAAUCCUCUACCGCUCCCACCACUUACGUCAAUACCAAUAUUUCGUCUCGACAGAUUGGCCGGGAGGUGUGUAUGCCUCUCCUAGUAUAGCGGGGAGUAGGCCUGGAGCGUUGUUGGCGGGGUGUUGGGCUGCGAUGGUUAGGGUUGGGGAGGAGGGGUAUUUGGAGAGUUGUAAGGAGAUUGUGGGGGCUGCGAAGGGGGUUGAGGCUGGACUGAUGGAGAUUGAUGGUAUCCAAAUCAUCGGAAAGCCUUUGGUGUCGGUGGUGGCAUUCACCUCCACCGACCUCAACAUCUACGAAAUCGGAGACGAACUAUCCAAACGCGGAUGGCAUCUCAAUGCUCUGCAAUCACCCCCCGCACUCCAUAUCGCGUGUACGCGACUCACUGUUCCGGUUGUGGAUAAACUCGUACAGGAUGUUAGGGAUGCUGUACAGGCGCUCAACGAGGAGGGGAGGGAGAAGGGGAGUGAGGGGAGUAUGAUGGCGCUUUAUGGGAGUGGGGUUACGGAGAUGCCGGAUAAGAGUGUUGUGAGGAGGUUGGCUACGGUGUUUGUUGAUACGCUUUAUAAGGCGUAAUGUAUGACGGGGAUGAGUGGGCGAUGGGAAUGUUCGCAGGCAUGAUGAGGAAAGGAAAGGUAUGGGGGUUUUUGGUCUGGUUUAGUUGGUACUGGUGGCAAGGACUGGAUACCGGUAUCACCGAAUGGACUACGUUUGACGUUGACUGGCACGCUUGUCAGUCUAGGGUCGCAGUCACGAACACACUUC